AUGAUAAUAAAUCUUGGAAUCAUUUACCUGUUGUUGAUAAUUUCAUAUUGCAACCAGUUUGCCAAUGCUCAGUUUUGUUCCGGAAAUGGCUUGACGGGUUGCGCUUGUAAUUUUAUAAAGGCCUGUGCGUGGAAUGAUGGAAAGAGAAAUUUUGAAGUUAUUAAAGGUUACACUCCAGCAGAUCUAAAGCGGUUCCUUCCAAGUGGCUUAGAAGUAUUCGCCAAGGAUAAAACAAAAAUAACAGAAAUUUGUGAACCUGGCUCAAUUGGUAUCUUUUAUGAUUGCAAAAAUCGGAUUCCCCUUGCCGCCACGAUAGUUGUGACUGCAAAACAGUACGAGAGUGGUUACAAAAGAGUGGGGAGUUUCAAAGGUAGUAAAAAUAUUGACCCAUAUUUUCAACAAAAUGACGACGACUAUGCUGAAGCUUCAAAAAGAAUUCCAUGUUACAAUACCCAAGGAAGUACUGCAAUGUUCGUUGAAAAAGACUGGUUUCUUAAGUUAACAGGACAAAAUUGCUUACCUGGCACUGCAUGUAAAGCAGGAAUAGCUAAGUCUCCAGUCGACAGGGGUCACCUCGUUGCCGCACAUUAUGGUCUUGGACCUCCUGGUAAUGAUAGAAUAGAAGAGACAUCUGUUUUCACAAAUGCAGUUCCACAAUUUGCAAAACCAAAUAGAGGGAGAUGGAAUAAAUUUGAAGGCAAAGUUAUUCUAUGGGCAAGAGAGAACUGUAGAGGACGCCCGGUACAUAUCAUUGUUGGCAGUAUACCUUCAACAUUUGCAGCUAAUAAAAACCGAUUUUUUGGUUUACAGGGAUUUAGCGACUACUUCAGUGAUAUUGAGGGCUAUAGAGUUAAUGUGCCUGCAUACCUUUGGACAGCAGCGUGUUGCUAUUCCCCGGGCUCUUUCACCAAAAGCACUUUCUUUAUUGCAAAAAACCAACCAGGAACAGAACUGGGGAGGCCUAAAACAUUCAAUGAAUUAUUUUCUUUCAUUGGUGACCGUCCAAGUGGGCCAGCAAAGAAUGUAAAGCUUUUUCCACAAUGGCCAGAUUGCCACGAUGAUACAAAUUUGGUCGAAAUUAUAUAUUAA